AUGUCAGACGCCUCAAGGCUCGAGCCAGUCCACUGCCACUUGCUCGCUCUGAUCCAAGAAUCAUUUCCGUUAUCUGAAAACAGCUUGAAGAGCGAGAGAAAUUCAAUCCAUGACAGCAACAUGGCCAGUGAUACAGAAGAGCAGAAAAAGGGAACGCGUUCGCCGUUCGCUGAUACGUCGUCUAAUCACUCAGCUUCAGCCGGAUGCGAUAUUGCCGCGCGUACCGACUUCCCAAGACCUGGCAGAGUGACCUCAACCACGGACUUGGCCCCGGGAUUCGAUCACAACCAACCCACUGUGGAAUGCACACCGAAAGCUACCACAAAUGUUGCUUCCGGAGGAAAUAUUUUCUUACAGAGUUUACGCAAAAUGCCCUCCAACCUAAACUGCAACUCGGUAGAACCUGAAAUGGUGGAUGCAAGAACGCUGAGGAUGAUGGCUUACAAUACUUGGUACAGAAAGAACAAAAAGCUUACUGCAGAAAGUACGAAAUUAGGUUCACAUGAAGAAAGUGAAGUAACGAAAAAGCAAGAUGAUUUUGAGAAAUUGCGUGCCAAUGAAAAAGCUUUUGCUGCCUGGAAGGCAAAGAAGCGGUCCUCAUUACUGGAACAACUCCGACAAAGAAAAGAGGAGGAACAGGCAAAGAAACAAACGCUUGAAAAAGAACGUGAGCAAAACGAAUCCGCUUCGAAAGCUUUUCAUGCUUGGAAGUCGAUGAAAGACGCCGCACUGUUAAAAAAGCAACGCGAUGAACAACAAGCAGAACAAGCUAUGUUGGAGAAGAAGCGCCAGGAAGCGAACGAGAAGAUCGUCAAUAGUGAAAGAGCCUUCAUGUUAUGGAAAGCGCAAAAGGAAGCGAUUCAGCGCGAGAUUGUACAAAAGCGAAAACAGAUUCAAGCAGAGAUGAAGAAGAAAAAGGAGGAAGAAGCUAGAAUUCGGUUGAACGAAGCAGCCGAAGCAUACUAUAGAUGGGAAAUGCGUAAGAUAUCAUCCGAAGAAAAUAUGGACAAAGUCGGCCAAAGACAAUGUCCGUUGGAUCGUGUUCCUUGGAGGCCACCAUCAGCCAGACCGUGCAUAACAUGAGACUUACUAAACUGACAAUCAACAAUGAGUCCGAUGUCUAGAACUAUACAGGUAAACAUAAUCCUCGAAAGCAAUGCACACCACUGUGGAAAUCGCAUUAUUAGUUGCAUCUAAUUCGCGAACAACCUAUUGUAUAAUGCUCCAUUCCUGUCCUUCACAUGAGUAAACCAACAAAGAAAAUUGCCACACCUUCUUAUGUGUUCAACUACCAAAGAGUGUCUCCUUACGCUUGUUCAUUCACUUCAUAUAGCGGGAUCAAUUUAAGUGUUGGCUUUUCAAGCGAUUUCUUAAGCCAUUUUCUGAGUUCGCAUCCACAGGCCA